AUGACUCAACGAGACAGCCGCCGCAAGAGGGUGGUAGCCCUCAUCUAUAGAAUUGCGGCAAAGCGAAUCUCCGAAGAUAUCCAGAACGCAACAAGGAGUGGAGGUUUUUUGUUUCAACAUUGAAGUUUCGAGGAAAUAGCCGUAGGAAUUGAUAGUCCACAGGGUACUGAGAAAUUUCGAGAAGAAGACGUGUGUUUGUAAUGGUGAUCGAAAAAAAUUUUAUCUUCUCUGAGAAUCUACUUGCUCUGCUCCUCUCACCUACCUCUACCUGCUCAUGCAACACUCCAUCUACUUCUAACUUUCCACGACAGAAGCCUUCGACAUUCACGAUGUUGCGUUGGAAGCUCUACGGCAGACGAGGGCGUUCCUUGAUGCGAUCGGACGGAUUUUAGAAGCGAAAGCAGAGGGCCUAGGGGAGACAUGUGCCGCACCAGAAGCGACCGACCCAUUAGAUGACGUGCUGGAAGCUGGUAAGUGGCUAGUAUCUAUUUAGACUCAUUUCACAAGCUUAUAAGCAUCUUUUGUAGAACUGGAGCUAGCGUCUCGUCUGACCCAGAACUAUCCGACCUGCCCUUUACCAACUUGCUGCUUCUUGUUGACCAGGGACUAUAUAUAAUGGACUAGUCCUAAACCUACAUUUUUUCUUUGUCUCUCCUGUCUUCUGUGUUAUGAAUCUGCGUUAGACUUGGGUAUUUUCAUAAGUUCAGCAUGUAUGACUGUUAUUUUCACCGCUUCAGGCACCCAGCUCACAUUGGAUCCGCCGUCCGGGAGUCCGGGUAUCUACGCUGGCACCUUCGCAGCAUGUACGAGAGCAUUGAGGCGAAGGUAUGACUUUGGUUGUUGUACAAAAAUUCUUUUUCUCCAGUGUCAGUAACUUUCAGCCUAUUCUAACGCCAGUGACCUAUACAGUGAACUCAAGACUUUAAACUUUCUUUAUCGUUACACCUGAUACCCUUUUCUUAUACUAAAACCAGUCAUGGCGGUGGCCUCGCUUCCCAGCGAGGCGGUCGAGUCGUUCUGGACAGUCUGUCUUGCAGUCCUCCGACAAGACGAUACGAUCCGAGGCGAGAGCUGAGCCCUCUCAGUCAUUUCCGACGAAAGAAAAAUCUCCCUCCACUCAACCAUACAAACAAGAAUAUUACACGUGGCGGAGGAGGAGGAGGGGAGCAGCAACAACAUAAAUGA